UCUAAUUUGAUUGUUUAGAGCUUAGGCUCUAUGCAAACCGGACUCUAUUCAAAAUCCAGACGAUCGUUCCAAAAAAAAAUCAAAUAAAUAAAAGGGGUUUUAGCGUGAAAACAGCGGCUUAAAGGUCUCUCACCCCCGCUGCCUCUUCUGCUCUUCUCUCUCUCUCUCUCUCUCUGAGACGAUAAUCCAUUUCGAAGUCUCAUCUUCUUCAACAUUCUUCAUCAUUUUCAACAAAAGAUCAAAAUGGGUCGACUUCCCAGCUCAAAUAGCAACAGAUUUAAGAUGAGAUUGAAGGGGAUUAAGAAAAAGGCUUCUGAGUUAUCCACUCUUUGCACUAUUGACGUGUGCGUAAUUUGUUUUGGUCCCAAUGGUGAGCUUGAGACAUGGCCAGAGGACCAGUCGACACAUAUGCCUGUUUUCGAAAGAUGCAUCAUCUUAGCUAAGAGCAACUGGAGCAAAAGAAAGAUAGAUGCUUAUAGCACUUUGGAAGCCCAAAUUGACAAACUAAGUAGAGACUUAGUUAGAAAGCACCAAGAAAUCAAUGAAUGUCUGCAUUUUCUCAAUGAUAGCUACCUUGGGGUUCAUUCCAGUGAGAGUCCCCAAUCUAUGUUGGCAUCGUUAGAUAUGGAGAUCGAUAAAGCCAGUGCGAGAUUGAUAACAGAAACUGUGAAACCUUUGGAUGAGACUGAUUUCGUUGGAUUGGAUGACAUUGUAAAAUUGAAUGGUUUUGACAAUUUUAAUGGGGGAGAUGUUCACACCCUGCCGCUUCAGCUUCUUCAAGAAGAUGAUUUCCUUCGAAGUCAUCAAUGGUUGGUUGGUGGCCCCUCCUCCAGACUUUAUUAGGGAUCAAGAAGCUUGAAGGGUCAUGGGAAGACUAGAAUCAUUGGUGUAUCAGACUUGAUGGAUAUGGGUUUUGAGCAUUUUACCAUAGCCAGCAACAUCAGAGUCCUCUGCUUUCCAUGCAUCUAACCAGUCUUUGGUUCAUUCAUUCAAUUUUUUUGUACAUUCAUAUGCAUAUACAUAAACUUAUUCAUUCUUCAUGUAGUUAUUCAGUGAUUUCACAUUCACUGGUUUUGUGCGUUCAUUCAUGAAUAACAGUCAUGUAUUCAUUCAUUCAUAUCCUUAUGUAUUGGAUGUAUUCUUCCACCCUGCCGCUUCAGCUUCUUUAAGAAGAUGAUUUCCUUCCAAGUUGUCAAUGGUCGGUUGGUGGCCCCUCCUCUGGCUUUUUUUGGGAUCAAGAACCUUGAAGGGGCAUGGGAGACUAGAAUCACUGGUUUGUCAGACUUGAUGGAUAUGGAUUUUGAGCAUCUUACCAUAGCCAUCAACAUCAAGAGUCCUCUACUCUCCAUGCAUCUUACCAGUCUUUGCCUCAUUCAUUCAAAGUUUUUUACAUUCAUAUGCAUAUACAUAAACUCAUUCGUUCUUCAUGUAAUUAUUCAGUGAUUCCGCAUUCACUGGUUUUGUACAUUCAGUCAUGAAUAACAGUAAUGUGUUCAUUCA